AGUGCCUGCUUAGACGUUCUGCUAGUUUGCAUGAACGUUAUUGGAAGGACGAAACGCGUUGGUUUGGACGGAUCCUUGUGGAAGCACCGUUUCUUUGUUUCUUCGAUUGUGACAAGUGGUUAGUGACAGUGACUCCGAAGUGACACAAACUGAAAAUCUUUCAGAAGUCUUUGGUCCAUUGAUGGUAGUUUUGUCAUGAGCUGACGCUAGAAGAAGAAUACACAAUCUUACUAAAAUGACUGACCGAAAGGAAGAAAAAAUGCAAGAGUUCGACGAGAACACACUUAAACUAAACCGUCAUGAAGAAAUCGAAUUGCCAGCGUUAACCAACGUACCAAACCUAGUCAACCAAGUAACCUAUCCAAAAAAGUCAAUAUCUCACAAUCCCGAAAGAGGAACCUGGGGAAGCAAAUUAGAUUUUAUAUUAUCCGUAGUAGGUUUGGCUAUAGGUCUAGGUAACGUGUGGCGAUUUCCAUACUUAUGUUAUAAAAAUGGAGGUGGUGCCUUUCUCGUACCAUAUUUCAUAACAUUGAUCCUGGCUGGUAUACCUAUGUUCUUCAUGGAACUAGCGUUAGGCCAGAUGAUGACCAUAGGUGGGCUAGGUGUUUUCAAAAUAGCACCUAUUUUCAAAGGUAUUGGAUAUGCAGCAGCAGUGAUGUCAUGUUGGAUGAACAUUUACUACAUAGUUAUCCUGGCAUGGGCUAUCUUCUACUUUUUCAUGUCCUUGAGAUCUGAUGUUCCUUGGAGGAGUUGUAACAACUAUUGGAAUACACGAUACUGCGUGAACCCUUACGAUAGGAAAAGCUUAAACUGUUGGGACAAAUACAAUUCCACCAACACUUUCACUAAAUAUUGCCAGAUCAACCAAUACAACGUAUCGAUCAACGAACUUACCGACCCUGUCAAAGAAUUUUGGGAACGGAGAGCCCUUCAAAUCUCCGAAGGUAUCGAGCACGUUGGGACCAUCAGAUGGGAACUAGCAGGGACCUUGCUCCUGGUCUGGAUCAUCUGCUACUUCUGCAUCUGGAAAGGAGUCAAGUGGACUGGCAAAGUGGUAUACUUCACAGCUCUGUUUCCGUACGUCCUUCUCAGCAUCCUACUCAUCAGAGGCAUCACUCUUCCGGGAGCCAUGGAAGGCAUCAAAUUCUACGUGAUGCCUAACUUGGACAAGCUCCAGGAGUCGCAAGUGUGGAUUGACGCUGUCACCCAGAUUUUCUUCUCUUAUGGACUGGGUCUUGGCACUCUAGUCGCUCUAGGGAGCUACAAUAAGUUCACCAAUAACGUUUACAAGGAUGCUUUGAUUGUAUGUUCAGUGAAUUCCAGUACCAGUAUGUUUGCAGGCUUCGUUAUAUUUUCUGUGGUUGGUUUCAUGGCCCACGAGCAACAGAGGCCUGUUGCUGAUGUUGCUGCUUCAGGACCUGGUUUAGCCUUCCUGGCAUACCCUUCGGCGGUGCUGCAGCUGCCAGGCUCUCCCCUAUGGGCCUGCCUGUUCUUCUUCAUGAUCCUCCUCAUCGGCCUCGACUCGCAGUUCUGCACCAUGGAAGGCUUCGUCACAGCCGUGGUGGACGAAUGGCCUGCCUUACUGAGGAAGAGGAAAGAGAUAUUCAUCGCCAUGGUCUGCUUCCUUUCCUAUCUAGUCGGACUGUCGUGCAUAUCGCAAGGCGGAAUGUAUGUCUUCCAGAUUCUAGACUCAUACGCCGUCAGCGGUUUCUGCCUUUUGUUUUUGAUAUUUUUCGAAUGCAUUGCCAUCUCCUGGGCAUUUGGAGUCAACAAGUUCUACGAUGGUAUCAAAGAGAUGAUCGGUUACUAUCCUAUGGGUUGGUGGAAAUUUUGUUGGGUAAUCGCCACACCCUUCAUAUGCGUGAGUGUUUUCAUCUUUAAUUUGGUGCAAUGGGCACCGGUGAAAUACUUAAAUUACGAAUUCCCUUUGUGGGCCCAUCUGUUUGGCUGGACAACUGCACUCACCUCAAUGUUAUGCAUUCCUGGAUACAUGAUCUAUAUUUGGCACGUGACACCUGGCGAUAGGAAUGAGAAAAUUCGUUUACUCGUGAGAAUAGACGAUGAUAUCCCAACUCUCCGAGCGAAGAUGCAUCAACAUCUGUCAUCAGUUUAAUAUCAUGAGACGAAUGAUGAAAUAUGUGUUUUUUUGUUUGUUUUUUUACACGUGAGAUUUUGAACAAGAACUAUACGACUUUCGUUACAUUUAAUUUAUUUUUGAAUCAUUUUCGAGGGUGUCAAAUAACAUUUUGUACAUUUUAUAACUAAUUUUAAAUGUUUAGGAAAUAUUUAUUUAUUUCUACGUGAAUCAUUUUAAGAAUAUUUGAGCCAGCACUCUAGGUUAAUAGUACAAAACGUGUUCUGUAAAUAUUGUUCUAUAUUUUUACACACCAACAAACGGUUACAUAUCAAAAAAUGUAAAUAGAUGUAUCAUACUUAAACAAUUCCAUAUUCUAUAGAUAGCUUUACACAUAAUUUUGUGGAGUAGUGUAGAGUAUGAUUGAUAUCAAGAAUUGAAGAUCUCAAUUCUGAUUUUUCCCAAAGAUAUACCCAUAUAAUUUAGAACAUAUUAUGCACCUAUGCAAAUACAUACUAACACUUAGAUUUGUAUUCUGUAAAUAUAUUCUUAACACAAUCGCUUCUCAGUUUUCAGUAGUUAUGUCACUUUUUUACCGUUUUACAUUGUUAUUCAAUGAACAUAAUUUUCAGCACUCUGAAAAAAAAAUUGAGAAUUCUAAAUUUCAACUCCAACUGGAACAAUACGCAAUAAUCCACAUAAAUAAUAGUAAAUAGUAUCCACUUCACAGACUAGCAAAAACUAUUCAUUUGUAUUAUGCAUUGUAUUUGUUUAGAAUAAAGAUUUAUCUGGU